AUGCGUCCCUUUGAUGCGCCGGUCAUGCUUCCUCCGGUCCUGACCCCGUCCGUGACAACAACGCCGACGCCCAAGACCGUUCUCUCUUCUCUCGGUGGCAGGACCGCCGAGCCCCGGGCUCUCAAGUCACGCGCCUUCUCCGGAGAAGAUAUCAGCCAUUACUUUGACAAGUACUUUGAAUACUUCCAUCCGCAUUUCCCAAUCAUCCGGACCCGCGACCCCGACAAGAUUUAUGAAUCGGCACCGAUACUCUUCUGGACGAUCAUGGUCAUAUCCGCUCGGCGCUUCGCGAAAGAUGACAGUGUCUUACCAUUCCUGACCGAAUCGCUGCCGUCCGAAGUGUGGGGUGCCAUGGGCAACCCGCCCCUGCCGCUGGGCAUGAUCAACGCGCUGCUUCUGCUGUGCGCCUGGCCUUUCACGACGAUCCGUUUCUUGCGCGAUCCGUCCACCAUCUUCUCUUCCAUCGCCAUGAGCUCUUGCUUCAUGAUUGGUCUGCACACUGGACGCGGCGAGCACCCGGAACUUGCGAACCCCAACUUUCAGAUUCGCAACACAGACGAGGAGGCAACGUUCACCUGGGCGGGAUUUAACAUCAUCUCGCAGAGGGUCUCCUCGUACACCGGGUCUCCAUCUACGGGGCAGUUCUUCAACAAGACAAUCGAAAAUAUACUCGACCGGUCCUCGCCCGUUCCUGUCCCAAUCAACUUCAUCAUCCUUUUGGAGUGCGCACGAUUUUCGAAUCGCGUGAGCAAGACAACGUGCGCGAGUCUAGAGGAGAAUCGAGGCAUCUCUCACCACAUCGUGGACAUGUUUGAAGAAGAGUUUGACAAAGUUCAGAGACUUCUCUUCCCAGGAAUUUCCGAUGUGCAAGCGUUUUAUUUCAUGCCGGUCGCGGGCUUCAGCUCCGAGAUUUUCAAGCGCAAUGUCUUGAAGGCCUACAGCACGUCCCAACUCGUCUUGCGCCAGGCACUGAAGCUGCAAGACGAAGUCGGAUUCCUCUACUACGCGCCGCACUUUGUUUGCAGAACGCUCCUCGCGUCAGCGUGCAUCACCCUCAACGUCCUGUUGUCACCGUACAUUCAGGACAUGCCCGUCCACGCCAAGGAUGCUCUCAUGCACGACGCCAUUGUUGCAAUCAAGACGUGUUCUGUGCACGACGGCGAUCUCCCAUCCCGGGCGUCCAAGAUGAUCGAGUCCUACUGGUCGGUCCAUCACACAAAAGCUCCCAUGGAAAUCCCCAUGAAGGAUGUUUCGCAGUUUUCGAGCCGCCUUGGAACGAGCUUUGCAUUUGACUACAUUCGGCGCUGGAAGAGAGACAUUGAAGCGUCCCGGUCCUCGGCCACCAAUGUCAAUGGGAAGAGACAGGCAACUGGAAUUCCAGCUGCGUCCAUCGACCUCUCCACGAUCCAGCCCGAGAAUGCACAGCUCAUCGACUGGGAUGCUUUCAUGGACGACUUUGACUGGAGCUUCACUCCAGACUACUUCAACCCGGCAUAG